AUGGGCGAUGCGUGGAACGGGACAUGUGUCCCGAUGCAGGUCGCGAUAAAAACAAGGCAUGGAAUCGAUGACGUUACUGGAGAUGUCUACGUCAAGACGGUGUUCAUCAUGUUGUACAGCUUUUUGUUUUUGUUUGGCCUUUUCGGCAACGGUGGCGUCAUUCUUGCCAUGUGCGGAAAUCGAAGGCUCCGCUCGGCGCGCAACAUUUUCCUCCUCAACCUCAUCAUCACCGAUCUCCUCCUCGUGCUCACCGCCGUACCAGUGACACCAUGGUACGCCCUAACCAAGGACUGGCAAUUCGGGUCAGCCAUGUGCCACCUGAUGCCGUUGAGCAACUCGUGCUCGGUGUUUGUCACCAGCUGGAGUCUCACUGCAAUUUCGAUUGACAAAUUUUUGCAUAUUAUCGAUCCAACGAAGGCCCCAGUAUCGAAAAAGCAAGCCUGCUGUAUCACAUUUUUCAUCUGGUCUUUGAGCACGCUCAUCAACUAUCCAUAUUUCUUGAGCUUUGCCCUCGUCGAUGGCAGCUAUUAUUCUCCAAAGGGCGAUAUCCCGAUUUGCGGGAAUUUUUGUGACGAGACAAACUGGGAGAGCGAGAAUUCGAGAAAGCUUUAUGGAACUAUCGUUAUGUUGCUACAGUUUGUCGUCCCGAUGUUGAUCAUCUCCUAUUGCUACUUCCGGAUUUUGAACAAGGUCGCCAAGGAUUCGAUUGUGCAAAAUGCGCAAUUCUGCCAUUCGCUCAGCCAAAAACAACGUCUGGAUGCUUUGAAUCGCAAGAAACGGGUCAACUAUAUUCUCAUCGGAAUGGUCGUCACAUUCAUCGCCUGUUGGCUACCACUAACUGCUGUCAAUAUCCUGAAGGAUUACAAGAGCGAACCUUCGUUCCUAAAGUAUCAACCCUUCUUCUGGCCCCUGGUCGCUCACGUGAUAGCCAUGUCGAUAGUAUUGUGGAAUCCACUACUCUUCUUCUGGCUGACGAGAAAGCAGAAACGGCUUAACCUGAGCCGGAUCAUCAACACGUCAGAAAUUGUGACAUCGUUCGCCAACAGCAUCUCCAGCCUUCGCCGGUCGACCCGGUCGCGGCGGAGCAGCAAGGCCAACUCGUCGUUCAGCUCCAAAUCGGUGCUAGCAAGCAGCCGGCGACAAACGUUCACCUCGACGGUCCCGUUCGCCUCGACGUUGGAGUCGGAGACGCAAAACGGCCGGCCGCUUAUCCUCAAAUCCUCACUCUCUGUUAACCCAUACACUGAAAAGGAAAUGCUA